AGAGAAAGUGAGGAAAUAGGAAGAAAACAAAAGGCCGGCCCGGAAUAUGUCCAACUAGAUUCCGUCCCAGAUAGAGCUUUGCACCCCUUUCCUCCCUUUGUGGCCUGUAACUAUGUGACCUCUGCCGAACUGGACCCACCCACCCCACCAUUUACCUGUAGCACGACCACUCCCAAUCCCAUUCUCUCUAGUUCUUUCUUGAGAAUGAAAUUAUAUGAAAUCCCUCUUCCCAUAACCUGAUAAUAGAGGGUUUCCACCCCUGAAACUUGUGAGAGAAAGAAGGCCAACAAGGAAACUGGAUAUCUUUCUGUCCCACAAGCCUCCUGGCCUUCAAAAAUUCUUCUCCAAAGUUGUAUUUUCAGCUAGCUAAUCAGUUUCUAUUUUUAGUAGCUUUUUUUUUUUGUUUUUCCAAAAGGGAAAGGGCAGGCACCUUUGAGUUGAACCUUUAGUUUUAACUCAAAACAGGGUAUUUUGUGGUUUAGCCAUUUCAAACUUUUCGGUAUCAAAGAAAACGAUGGACUUCAUGAAUGGAGGAAACAACAACGCGGCCAAUCUGGCUUCUAAGCAACGACUACGCUGGACUAAUGAGCUCCAUGAACGAUUUGUUGAUGCUGUUGCUCAACUUGGUGGCCCGGAUCGGGCUACACCCAAGGGUGUUCUUAGGGUUAUGGGUGUACAAGGGUUAACAAUUUACCAUGUCAAGAGCCAUUUGCAGAAAUACAGACUUGCCAAGUACCUUCCUGAUUCCUCAGUUGAUGGGAAAAAGCUGGACAAGAAAGAUGCCAAGGAUAUGCUCGCUGGUUUGGAUGGUUCAUCCGGGAUGGAAAUUACUGAAGCACUAAAACUGCAGAUGGAAGUGCAAAAGCGACUGCAUGAGCAGUUGGAGGUGCAAAAGCAGCUACAGUUAAGAAUUGAAGCCCAGGGAAAGUAUCUGAAGAAGAUAAUUGAAGAGCAGCAGCGUCUGAAUGGAGUUCUUCCAGAAGGGCCAAGUGCAGGGGUAACAGACAAUUGUGCAGAUGUUGAGAUGAGAACCGACCCGGGAACCCCUCCCCCGACUUCUGAGCCUCCUGUGAUAGAUAAGCCUGCCAAGGACCAUCCUUCAACCAAGAGCCUUUCUAUGGAUGAAUCGUUCUCUCCCCAGGAGCCUCAAACUCCCGAGUCUGGCUGCCACAUGAACCUGUUUGACAACAUAGACGCCGACAGGUCAUCUAAGAAGCAACGCGUAGGCUUGAAUGCAGCAUUUUCAAAACCAGACAUGAUGUUCACUCAGCAGCUAUCAGGCUUGCAUUCAGUGUUCCCUACAAGAGACUAGUGUGAUUAUGCAUCAUGUUCAUCUGGUCUGAAUGAAAGCUUAGAGACAAAAGGCCAUCCGUUGUGUAGUUCAGGGGAAUCCUGUUUCAGGUUGUGCUGUAGUUAGUUCACUCUGCGGAUUUUUCUCCAAUUACUGUCUUUAAAUGUAGCACCGCUUUGGAUGACAUGCAUAUUCAAACUCUUUUAGAUGUUUUCAGAGAAUUCAGGUUUAUUUUAGAUUGCUUUGGAGUUUUCAAGCAUUUAUCUACUCGAUUCCACUCUAAAUUCUUCCUUUAGUCUUUCUUGUA